GUCCACAACAUAGGCCAAAGGACGAUAUGCUCCAAAGCAGUUUGCUAGAAUUGACCAAUCAAAGCCAAACGGAAAUGUACCGACCCGCAAAAGUACCGUGCGCAAACAAAUUCGAUCGGCGGCGACUAACUCGACUAAUUCAAUGGAUACUAUAUCUAUAUCAUCUUUAGACGAAGAUAAAGGAAAGAGGGAGACUACCUACCACGACUAGCGAGCUUUCCUACAUGUAUUUUGGCCUGUGGUUGCUCUGAUUGAAGGCUGGUGUUGACUUGAGAAGCGCUCAAGUGCUGUUGGCCGUGGAAGGGCUUGGAACUUUCCCCAGUAGUACCGAGCGCCGCGUAUAAGCAGCACCGCCCAGGUUUUCGCUAAGUACGGAGAUAUUAUAGUCGGCCGGAAGAGGUCCGAGGAUGUCUGUUGUGAGUUGUUGGCUGGCUCCUGCUUCGUUGUAAGUGUGCAUGGUCGAACCGUACCCACCAUGUCAAACACAUCAUCUGGCUGGAAACCUUUGAGACCACUGGCUCCUGCGCCGACGCUUGACGGCGGCCGUCCCAGCGAUCCUGAUGCACCAAGGGGCAUCGUGCCCCAACGAAACCUGGUAAAGAAUGCUUGCAAAAUCUGUCAAUCCAAGAAGACCAAGUGUGACGGCAAGCGGCCGCGAUGCUCGCGAUGCACCUCAAGGAGUCUCGAGUGCGUCUACGACGCGCUCUACGAAGGUAUGACAAAGCAGCAGAGCGCUGACUACGAGAUAAGCCGGCUUACUGAUGCCCUCGCGAACACCAACCAAAUGAUUCACGUUCUGCAGCACGGCACUCCCGAAGAAGCGCGGGCCAUGCUUGCUUUGAUUAGACAAGACGCGCCAGCCACCGGACUCAGCAGCAGAACGACUUCAUACGACUCCCCGUCCAGCAAUACCAUUUCAGAGGCAUCAUCAACGGAAAGCGUUACAACAAGUGUCCAUUCUUUUGCUCCGCUGCUGUUCAACCGGGACGAAUGGAGAGGACAGGCAAAUUCGAACCACGAUCAAGCAGAUCUGAACUACGCUUUGGUAUCGAGAAGCACAGGCGACAACCUCGAUGGCACACACUAUGCCUACGGUCAUGAAAACGAGCUCGUUAAGCAGCAGUCGAGUAACUUCGGCAAUCUCCCCUUUUCGAGUGGCAUCUACGCAAACCACUACCCUCCAGACAUUCAACAGCAGCAACAUGCCAAUCUCUACAAGCCGCUUUGGGCAAUCCAGCCCCUGACUACGCUACCAGGCACCUCAUCAGUCAAAGAAUCGGUAGCUUCUACUAUACGGCAUGCAACAUCCUUGAUUCGGGCUGGUAUUCAGGCUGGCCAGCCUGCGGAUCAAGUUUUGAACCAAGUAAUAGGAAAGAGGUGCAAUGUCGCAGCAAUUUUCGACCGAGAUCAGUACAAUCGCACGAGUCUCCUCUCAAAAUGGGCAGCAGGUUUUGUCUUUAGUAUCCAGCACAAGAACCGCGAUUUUGUCUCUUUCGCAUCCAUGCAUCUCGUGUGGACCCUGGCCAGAUGGAUGAUCGAUCCUUCACCUGCCACCUACGAGGCGAUUCCCGAAUGGUUGCGUCCCACGCAACUUCAGUUGUGGACUGAACACGUAGAGAUGCUGGAUUUCGUCCUAUGGCCCACACUAAGAGACACAAUCGCCCAUAACCCACACACAUUACAAAGAGACUGGAGAUGGCUCGCGCACAUGGGCCAGGAGAUUGAGUGUGACUGGUAUUUUCCCACAGAUGUUGCAUUCGAGAUUGACCCGGUGAGUGGGGAGAUGUAUCUGACAGAAGAUGCGAAGGUAGGACACUAUUACGGCCCCUAGAUCGGCGCGAUACGAGUUCAUAGACUAUACUAACCAUGAAUGGCAGGCGAUUGUAGAGAAUCUUGAGAAUUGGUCUGUUGGUCCCUCCGCAGGGCAAUAUAUCGAAUCUCUGGAUAAAAUGAUAAGAGUCAGACCGAAUACCCAACACUUAUUGGGCUUAGACGGAUGAGGCUUAUCCCCCAGAUUACUGACGUGGCGCUUCUCUGAGCUACAAAACAAAUCGCUUCACAUUCAUUUGAACCAAUAGUCCAGCAUAUUGCCAAAUGGACGAUGUUUGUAGCAAUAGGGAUUAUUGGAGCUAGGACUCAACGUGGCAUCGGAGUAGUCUAAUAAGGAUAGGUAGCAACCUGAGUACGCAAGUUAUUGGAGAGGACCGGAUUAUUCGCCAUCGUUAAUUUCUAAAUUCAUGCACAAAAUGCCAGCAUAGUAGUAGUAGUACAAUAUGUUGCGUAUCUCUAUAAUCGCCACCUCAAAACUCGGCCUUGUAUUAGAUUUGCU